AUGGCGGCCUACGACAGUGGCCGGUCAGCAAAUUUUGAGAGAGAAGCCUUUACGGACAAGUACUUGGAUGAAGUCUUGGAUUCUGCGGACAAACCCUUUGACGGUCGUGGAUGGUGGCGCGAACAGGAGGAGCCCUGGCAGACGCUUGCCUGUUGUCGCGAGCUGGCUGCAGCACUCAGACACCGGAACCCGCACACCGGCGAACUGGACCCAGCCGACUACGUGAGCUUCUUCCCUGUCCACCAGGAUGGUUCCUGCAAUGGCCUGCAGCAUUACGCAGCCAUGGGCAGAGACGAACGCGGUGCUGUCUCGGUCAGCCUUCGCGACUGUGAACGUCCGCGAGAUGUCUACGGCGAUGUGGCAGAAGUGGUGGGUGAAGCAUAUCUUUCCCUUACAGUCCUGCUUUAA